CGUGCAGGGAAGGAAUUUGCGCAAUAUUUUGUGCUUCUUGAACAUAAUUUACACGUCACAGCACGAUCUGCAUUCCAAGCUAAGACAGUGAAAUGCAGUAAAAAUGCCGACAUAUUUCCAGCGCCCAGAAAACGCUCUUAAAAGAGCAAAUGAGUUCAUUGAUGUGGGGAAGAAACAGAGAGCCUUGGAUGCCCUUUAUGAUGUCAUUAAAAGCAAAAAGCAUCGAACAUGGCAGAAGAUUCACGAACCGAUCAUGGAGAAGUAUUUGGGGUUAUGUGUGGACCUGCGCAAAUCUCACACAGCCAAGGAAGGGCUGUACCAAUACAAAAAUAUUUGUCAACAGGUGAACAUCAACUCGCUGGUAGAUGUGGUCCGCCGUUACAUUGCCCUGGCAGAGGAGAAAACAGAGGAGGCCAGGCAGGAGUCCCACCAGACUGUUGUCGAUGUGGAUGAUCUUGAGAUGCCAGACACACCAGAAAGCAUGCUGCUGAAGGCUGUGAGCGGGGAGGACACCCAGGACCGUACAGACCGCGCUAUCCUCACCCCCUGGGUCAAGUUCCUAUGGGAGUCUUACCGACAGUGUCUCGAUCUGCUUAGAAACAACUCCCGUGUGGAGAGGCUUUACCAGGACAUAGCACAGCAGGCUUUCAAGUUUUGUUUGAAAUACACGAGGAAAACAGAAUUCCGAAAGUUGUGUGACAAUUUGAGAACUCACCUGGGUCAUAUCCACAAACAUCAGCAUCAGCAAACUGCCAUCAAUCUAAAUAACCCGGAAUCGCAGAACAUGCACCUGGAGACGCGGCUGGUGCAGCUGGACAGCGCCAUCAGCAUGGAACUGUGGCAGGAAGCAUUCAAGGCUGUGGAGGAUAUUCAUGGUCUUAUCAACCUAUCCAAGAAGCCCCCCAAACCCUCGCUCAUGGCAAACUACUACCAGAAGCUGGGGCUGGUCUUCUGGAAGUCUGGCAACCCGCUGUUCCAUGCCUGUACGCUGCAUCGCCUCUACCAGCUGUCCCGGGAGCAGAGGAAGAACCUGUCCCAGGAUGAACUUCUCAAAAUGGCCUCUCGUGUGCUGUGUGCCACACUGGCUGUGCCCAUCCCUCCCUCCCGUAAUGCCAUUGACUCUAUCCUGGAGGUAGAUGAGAGUACCCAGGAGAAAAAGAGGCGCCUUUCUACCCUACUUAUGUUACAGAAUCCCCCAACCAGGCAGGGGCUCAUCAAAGAUUUGGUAAAGUUCAACCUGAUCCAGUAUGUGGUACCUGAGCUGAACAACCUAUUCCAGUGGCUGGAAGUGGAAUUCCACCCACUGAAACUGGCCUCCCGGAUCGCCCCGUCUAUAGAGUACAUAGAGCAGAAUGAAGACCUGGCCCAGUAUGUACCUGCCCUGGAGGAUAUCAUCAUUACACGUGUCCUCAAACAGGUCUCCCAGGUCUACCAAACAAUCCAGUUUUCUCGACUCGCAUCUCUGCUGCCAUUUGCCUCCAAAUUCCGACUAGAGAGAGUAAUAGUGGAUUCUGCAAGGACUCUGGAGCUUCAGGUGCGCAUAGAUCACCGUGCUGAAGCUCUGACAUUUGGCACUUCCCUGGUGGUAGCGCAGCGUGAAGACUUGAAUGAAGGGCCUUACAUUCAGAGCAUGCCCAGUGAGCAGAUCCGCAAUCAGCUGACAGCUAUGUCUCAGGCCCUGAGGAAAGCUGUUGCCUGUCUUCAGCCUAAAGGACCCGCUACAAAUAGUGAGCUGAAGGAGCACAUUAUAUCAAACUAUCGAAUGACAGCAAAGAAGGAACACCAGAGAAUUCUCAUGCGUCGCCAGAUCAUCGAGGAUCGCAAGGAACAGCUGGAGCACAUGACUGUACAGAAGGAAAAAGAGGAGUAUGAACAACAGGAAGAACAGCGUCGUAAAGCCUAUGAAGCCGAGUUGGCAAGACUGGACCGAGAGCGCGAGGAGCGAGAACGUCAGCGUCAGCAGGAGGAGACGGAGAUGAUCCGUAAACGACAUGCCAAAGAGAGGCUGGCGGAGCUGAAAAAAUCAGAGCUCGGGGCUCGUGUCUUCAAAAAUCUGGAUGAAGAGGAACUGGAAGAACUGGAUGUGGACGACAUAAUGGCCAAACAAGUGGAGCAGUUAGAGAAGGAGAAGAAAGAGUUAAUGGAGAGGCUGAAGGCACAAGAGAAGAAAGUGGAUUACUUUGCCCGCGCCCGACGCUUGGAGGAAGUGCCCUUGUUGCAGAAGGAACACGAAGAAAACAGCAUUAAGGCUAGGGAGUUCUGGGAGCAGCAGGAACUGGAACGCAUUGAAACCUUAAAGAAGGAACGUGAAAUUGCCCUGGCCAAUCGGGAUCGUCUCUCUCGGAUGUGGACAGACAAGGAGGAGUUCUUGAAUCAGCUGAAGGAUGCCAGACAAUCUGUAUACAAGGACAAACUGAAGGAGUUUGAGAAGAAACUGGCCGAAGAGAGGAAACGGCGCUUGCUGGAUCGUAAAGAGCGACGCAAAGAGGAGCGCAGGAUGAAGUGGAUCAAAGAGAAGGAGGAAAUUGAGCAGAGGAGAAAAGAUGAGGAAAUGAAGAGAGAGCGUGAAGAGAAGGAGCGCCUUGAGCGUGAGCUGCGUGAGAAGGAGGAGGCCGAAUACCAUGAACGUCUGGCCAAGUUGGAGGAGCAGGCAGCUAAACAGCGGGAACGAGAGCGGGAGAUUGAAGAGCGCGAGGCCAGGAGGGUUGAAGAGGAGAUGAAAGCAAGAGAGAAACCAAGCAGGGAGCUGGAAAGUGCUGAUGGAGAGAGAAGUUGGAGGGCUCCUGCAGAAAAGGAUACAAGCUGGCGUAGGGGUCCAGGGCCUGAAGAGCCAUCAGAGCAUCGUGCGUGGAAGCCGUCUAUCCGAGAGGGAGGCUGGAGAGACCGAGAAAGGGAAAGAGAAGCCAGCUGGAGGUCAAAUAGAGAUGAUGGGCCAAGAGAAUUCAGACGGGAUGAUGGUGGUGGAAGAGACUUCAGACGUGAUGACCGUGACUUCAGGCGUGAAGAUGGUGGUGGAAGGGACUUCAGACGAGAUGACCGGGACUUCAGACGUGACGAUGGUGGUGGUAGGGACUUCAGCAGGCGGGAUGACGGUGGUGGUAGAGACUUCAGGCGUGAUGACCGAGACUUCAGGCGUGAUGACCGGGAGUUCAGGCGUGAUGAUCGGGAUACAGGUGACUGGAGACGUGGUGGUCCACCCCGGGACGAACCUGAUCGCUUCCAGCGAGAGGAGCAUCGAUGGAGGGACAGGGGUGGCCCCAGAGAUGAGGAUCGCUCCUGGAGAAGAGAUGAGCCUCAUGGACGCUGGGGAGAUCGUGACAGAGGCCCACCCCGUGGACCACCCAGAGAUGACGAUCGAGACUGGAGGUCACGAGGACCUCCUCAGGAUGAUGACCGCGGGCCACCAAUGCGAGGAGGUCCCCGAGACGAUGAUAGAGGUCCUCCACGUGGACCCCCAAGAGAUGACCGGGGUCCGCCUGCACGGCGAGACUUUGGCAGAGACGACCGGGAUUGGAGAGAUCGAGGUCCCCCUCGUGAAGAGAGGAGCUUCAGAGGAAUGCCACGUGAUGUCCGGCUUGAUGAUCCUCCCCCACGCAGCUCCCCUAGAGGCAUGCCCCGUGAUGUCCGGCUGGACGAGGACCGAGCUCCAGCAAUGCGGGGUAUGCCACGUGAUGUGCGGUUAGAUGAUCCUCCUCCAAGGCAGUCUCCGCGAGGGAUGCCCAGAGAUGUGAGGCUGGACGAGCCAGAGGGCCCCUGGAGGAGAGGAGGUGAGGGAUCUUCCCCAUCAAAGGGCGGCUGGAGGGAUAGUGAUAGAGGGGGUGAUGAACCUCCAAGAGGCCCCCCUCCACGCUCUAACAGACCACCAGAGGGAGAGCCUGGAGACGAUGGAUGGACAACUGUCAAAUAUUAGCUUAAAUUUAAUUAUCACAUGUGCCAGUGAUUAAUAAAAACUAUAGCCCAAAGGAGGGAGUAAAAACUGAGAGGAGGAAUAUGACGAAACGGAAUUAUGGAAGGUGUAAAAUGUGGUCACAAAAUCUGAGUGCUUUUGGGGAAAUCUACCUUUUUGUCCUGGUGUAGGUCAUAAAAAAAGUAACUUCAUACAUUCAUGUUGCUGAGUAUAAUUUUCUAAGUUCUUAAUUCUCAUAGGAUAAAUGUGGUUGAAAUAAGUUGUUUCUGCUAUCAAGAUUUGUUUUUCUAUUGUUCAUAUUUUCUGAAGUUUUAAAACUUAUCAAGCUUUCUUUGUUAUUUAACUUGUACCACAGUGCAUCUGAUCCUUCAACUAUGUGAAAAUCAACAAAAGGAUGUUAUUACAAAUUGCAUGAUGACUCACUGCAGACCUGGGUCUUCUGCUAACCUGCCUGUUCUGGUUCCAGUGUUUACAUAGUAGGGUAAUCUAUACCUUUUCAACCAUUACAAACCUUCGUUCUGCAGUUGUCUUUUGUCUCUGUAACAAAUACAUUCAUAUUGAAUCAGUAAACUGA